GGUUUUCGGUAUUUUGUGCUUCUUUUAUGAUUGCUCACAUAUGCAGAUGAAUUGGAUUGGCUGUUCGACUAGAUUUCAUGUGGUAUUUUGAAGUACAUGUAUUACAAGAUAUUCUAUUAUUAAGUAGUAGUAAAUUUUCAUUAUUUGAAUUUAUCUUCAAAUACUGUCGGUACAGAAGAAAAUUUAAAUACAGAAAAUGCUCGACAACGAUGUGAAUUAUUAGCUCGAUAA